CCAAGAGCGCGGCAAGUGUGGCGGGAGAGAGUGUAGCGUAGAGGUGGUGGCAGGCGCGUGCUGUACCUGUGCGGCCGACGUGAGCUCUGGGAUAGCUCGAGAGUCUGUGAACGCAAGCGAAGAGCGGCUUGAGCUUCUUCUUGUGUUGCCCUAGGAGUCCAGAGUGGUGUGAGAGGGGAGGAAAGAGGAAGGGGCUUUCAAGGAAGGACUCUUUGAGGAUCUUCGGCGCCAUGACGGGAGUAAUUCGCGUGACCCUGGAAAGGGACGGCCAUGACCAGCCUUGGGGCUUCCGCCUCCAAGGGGGCGUCGACGUGGCGAUGCCUCUCUCCGUCCAGAGGGUGCUGGUAGGGACGCCCGCGGACGGCGUGCUGAUCAAGGGCGACGUCAUCACGAAGAUCAGCUGCACCGACACCAAGGGAAUCACACACCAACAGGCUGCCGAUCUGUUCAACAACGCGGGGAACCAGAUCGACGUGUACCUUAAACGACCCGGGGCACCAGCGCCUCCUCCCGCGCCGGCAGCAGCGGCAGCGCCCCAGACGCCCCUCGUCAACGGAGGACCAGACCAGUCCCCUACGGCGGCCUCGUCCAAAUCAGAGAACCCGGCUGUGAGAUCCCUCCCAAAGACCCAGUUCGCCCUCAAGUCCCAGCUUUCUCAACUGCCGCAGCGGAGCCCCACUGUCAACAUGGAGGCGCUGUCGAUCCAGAGCCAGCCGUACCGCACACUGCCACUCGUGCAGCCGUCCGCCAAGGCGCGCUCCGACAUGGGGAUCGGUAGCAUCUCUCACCUGAAGAUGCAAGACGAUCACAUCUCGGGCGACAAGCAGCCUCAGUUAGCGCCACACAGCCAGGCCCUGGCGGCCAAGGCCAAGCACGACGAGCUUGUCAUGAAGCAAAAGGUGACCGGCUCCCUGCAACAAAUAACACAGACACAGCAGUCUCUCACAACCGCCACCCAGCAGCACCAGGCGCCCGUCAGCAAGCAAUACAACAGCCCGCAAGCACUCUAUUCCCCCGAGAACGUGCAGGAGGUGCUUCGGCAACAGACCUCGCCCACGCACGUCCCCACCCUCAAGCCGACUGUUUCUCCUGCUGCUGCUGACGCUGCGAAAGCCCUAAGAAAAGUGAGCUCCCCAACCCCCGCACAGAAGCCCAUCCAAGUCGUCCUCACUCCUUCGAAAGAGUAUAACCCUCAGUCGAGUGCGACUUGGCGAGCGCUGCAGGAAACGGACGCGCCCAUGGACCCUGAGAAGGUGGCCAACUACACCUCGCUCAAGGAGCAUGACCCGAUCUACUCCGAGGUCUAUACGGCCCCCGUGGCGCCCAAGCCGGGCCAGCGCCCCGUCCCCAGGACCAAUGCCCUCCCCGGCCCCCGCUCGCCGGUCUCGGACCUCCUCCCCGCCAGCAUGAGGCCCGCCGCCGCCAACGACGCGGCGGAGCUCGACGGCGCCGCCCCCGCGCGGAGCUUCCUCAGCCCACCUAAGACCGGUCCUUCCGCCGUCAGGUCCGCGGCGCUGGCCGAGGCCAAACCCGUCAACCACCAGAUGACCAGCGAGCCCGUCAAGAUCCCUCUGUUCGAGGAUAAGCCCGGACUGCCCAAGGCGCAGGUGGUGACAGAGCCCCGCAGGCCUGGAGGACGCAAGACCAACGCCAUCGGCGGCAGAAAGCGCAUCGCCCAAACGGCCUCCUUCAACAAGCUGAUGAUGGAAGUCCUCGGGGAGUGAGGAGGCGGCCUCCUUGGGGCUUCGGCGCCGCCCGCGCCCUGAACACGCCCGCACGCCGUUGCUCGGAGUCAGCGCUCGAAGCCCACGACACUCGUGUCACUUUUCGUGUGGAAGGAAUGUGGCACUUUAGAGAAGAUGAUUUCUGAAUCAUUUUUUAUUUCAUUUUAUUAAUUUCUUUGGCUCAUAUUUUUUGGCCUCUUGACCAGCAUUAUCAAGUCUCUUUCUGUGUCUCUCUCCCAGUGUAUUAUAUCCUGUUUAUUCUUUACUUUCUCUCUUUCUCGUUCUCUCUCUUUCGUUCUUCCUUCCUCGACUCUAGGAAGCCAGUAUGAAGUAAGGGACUGAGAGAGAGAGAGAGUUAAAGAGGGCCAGAGGGAGAGAUGGGAGAGGGAGAGAGAAGAGAAAAAGUGAGAGAAGAAAACCAAAUUAAAAAACUAUAUAUCAUAUGAACCAUACCUCUUCUUUCUAAAGAAAACGUCAGAUGGACUUUUUUUCUCUCUCUCUCACUCCCCUAUUCUAUCUAUUUGCCGUGAAUGAAAAGAUCAUGUCUGAAAUUGCCAUUAUGAUCUUUUUUUCAUUAUCAUUAAUGUUUUAUUGAUGAUAUUUAUCAUUCUAAUCUAUGGAUGUUGGUUUUGGAAAAUCAGCAUUGUAUGCUUUCAAUUCAUUUUGCUGCUGUUAUUAUCUUUUGAUAGAUUAAUCUAUUGAGGAGUGAGGAAGACUUUGUAGGGGAAAGCUAUAAUUUAUUAUAUCAUUGCCAUCAUUGGUAUUGCCCUGCGAGGCAAUAAUAACAAUAAUAGUGACAGAUAAAACAAUAUAGCAGUGAAAGGGUUCACUUACAAAAACUGAGAAAAAGUUUGAAGGAAAAGAAAUAAAAAUAUUUAUACUCAGGCAGAUUCUCUCCUUUAAACACGUUGUUGAGAUCUGCGUUUUUUUUGUAUUUUUCAAAAGGUGGAUGUCCAUUCGCUGCUGAUGGACUAUAUAUAUAUUUUUUGGACAUUUUGGUGCUAGUCAUGAUUAUUGCCCUUCUGAUUUCCUUUGUCUUAGUUUCCCCUCUCUUUAGCUCCUUAUUCCCGUUUUCUUUCUUCCAGUUUUCCUUCUCCCAUCUUCGCCAGAACUUGAAACCCUUUUUUUGUGAAUAAAGAUAAGAACUGCCAUUAGUGUUGAUAGCGAUAAUGAUUCACCAAGAUUAUGUCCUUACUAUUAUCCCUUUUCUCCCUCCACCCUAGAAACGGUAGUAAAGAUAGGAACAAAAAAAAAAA